GAAAAGUCACGAGUUUUACAUCUAUAAUAUCUGAGUAGUUUCAUCAAUAACCAUGACCUUAAAUUUAAUUACUUCGAUCGAUAAGUAACUUUUAACAAGUCGAUUCAUUUAUACUCAAUAAAUGGUGAGAGAAUAAAAUAUCAACGUCUAGAAAUGGAAGAUUUUCUUUCAGAUCCUACGUUAACAGAUAACUCCUCAUUUAUAAUUUAUCCAAGAAAAGAAGUUUACUAUGAUUUUCAUGAUACUACAAAUUAUCAAGAUAGUUUUUGGUUUAGUCUGCCAUCAGAUUUACGAAUACUUGAGAAUAUGUCCGUUAUAGAUUAUCUACGACAAUUUUCACAUCUUUCAUCUAGAAAGUAUGAUUUAUAUCGACGUAUAUAUAAUCACUGGUGUCGAGGCUCUAAACUUUCUAUUGAUAAAUUAAAUAAUGCAUUUGAAGAUAUUGUACCAGUACAAAUUCCAAUUAGUUGUUAUACAUUAGUAUUUAAUCUAAUUGGAUUACAAGUUAUAGAUUAUCAAUAUAUUGAUUUUGAAACAUUCUGUUGUAUAUGUAUUGUUGCAGAACGUCUUAUAUUCUAUAAAAUUAUGAAGGAUUCGAAUAUACCUAUACCAUCAAAGGAUAUUUUAGAAAUGAUAGAAUUUCAACGAUUACAAUGUCAAUAUACACAACUUAAUCUAAAUAAGAAUAUUAAACAUUUUCUUGAUUUAAUACUUCUUUAAAAUAAUGAAUUGUAUAACCCCUUUAAGUUUAUAGCAAUUUCACUAUGUACAAAAUACAAAUAUACUACUUUAUAUUAUAUAUUCUAUGUAUAGAACAAUCCCCCUACUUCGGUUUGGUCAACCGGGCAGUAUCUCAGCCCUCAUAUAAAUCAAAUGAGAUUUAUGUGGCGGAUAUUUGUUUGAUGUCUCC